AGUUAUGCAUACAGGAAACUUAUCAAACAAUCUGUCCACUUCAGGCAAUAAAUAAUUUCUCUAGGGACCACCUGCACAAACUAGGAAUCUUUUACCUUCUACCUUGUUGAGUCUUUAAAUUUUUGUGUCGCAUCAACCAACAUCAAAAAAACAAUGUCUCUGUUUUGCAACCGUUUCUUGCUUCUUUCGUUUCUCCCCUCUGUGGUAGAAGCUGCACUACUUAGUAGAGUGGAACGACUGCAAUCCAGAUCGACGUAUGCCUCAUCCACCGAUUACCCGACACCUACAGGGAAUGAGAGCGCUUAUGAUAUGGGAAUAUUCGUAGUUACCGGACUCACUUUAGAGCAUAAGAUAGUCUCACUUUGUGCCAUUUCCGAGGGAAAUGGCUGCCAUGGAUCUAGACCCACAAUGGGUUGUUGAUAGACCGCGUGACACCGUUGAAGAUGGGACCAUAGACGGAAACUGCUUGGAAGUAAGCGGGUUUCGCUCGCCGUUAUGGUUAUGUCUAGAUAGGCUUCGCCUAGCGACACCAUUAGGAUUGACUUAUGUCUGCGCAUUGGUCAUGGAAGUCUUUGAGAGCGUUGCGGAGGAUAUCCGAUCCUACGCCAGACGUGGUCUGCAGUUGGAUGUAGCAGCCGCGCCUUGCGGGUGCGAAUCUGUUGGAAUGUCAGAAGACAGGACCUUGCUGUCGCAGCGAGUAUAGCAAGGACGCUUGCUCUGGUGCGUGAUGGAAGGUCGUAACUGGGGUGGCAGUACAGGGAGCCUUACGGACUUGUCUGUCUGCUGACUGGCCAGGCCUUGGGUGCUCUUCGAGCACUAGCCUCAUGUGGGUUAGGUGUCUAGCGUUAGCACAAUGACACAGUAUCAUCCUUCCUUCGGUUGGAUCUUGGUAUAGUUUGCAUGAUGUGAUGCUUUUCAGGUGUUGCAUUAUGUGACCGGACAGCACAUUCACGAGGUGGGUGCUGACGCGGUGCUGCGAAGGAGGGGCAGCACCGACCUGGCCCGAGGUGUCCAACGGGUGCGUCCAUCCGCUGCGCGGGUGGGCGGAUGGAGGAUCUGCGAUCUCUCCUUGACUAUCUUGACUUCAAUGCACUACAUAACGAGAUCAUGGCAUUCGCCUGGUGUAAGUAGACUGUGCAGGAACUGGUGACAAGUCAGAUGCUUCUGGUGAUGGAGCUGCAAGGCAACUCACGUUGUUGCAGUGACUCUCACGCGGGAGGAGCGUU